CGGCAAGUCUCGCGCCCAUCCGCCUUCCCACAGGGAGGCGGGGAAAGCGGGGACGAGGCCGUCGGGACUACAUAUCCCAGAAUACCAUGGGUCCCAGGCCCAUACAGGGGACAUGAUAUCAUGCUGGGGUGGAGAGGGAGGAUGAAUUGGCGGCGGGGAUGAAUUUGAGCCGACGGAAGGAGGCGUUCGGCUAGUAAAGGGAGGAAAAGGAAAGACGACCACAGUUCCCAUGAUGCCCAGAAGGAAGACUACAUUUCCCAUGAUGGUCCGGGAAGGGGGCGUGAGGAAGAAAGACUGCAAGUCCCGCGAUGCUCUCGGCGGGCCAGAGAAGGAGCUUGAACCGGAAGACACAUGCUGGAGUUGAGGAGUCCUGAGACAGAUACUGAAAAACCUAAAGUCCAUUAUGAAACUGUACUGCCUGUCAGGACACCCAACCUUACCAUGCAAUGUGCUCAAAUUCAAGUCAACCACCAUUAUGCUGGACUGUGGAUUGGACAUGACUUCCACACUCAACUUCUUGCCUUUGCCGCUUGUUCAAAGUCCCAGGCUGUCUAAUCUUCCUUGCUGGUCCCUGAAGGAUGGAAAUGCUUUCUUAGACAAGGAGCUAAAGGAGUGCUCAGGUCAUGUGUUUGUGGACUCUGUGCCUGAAUUCUGUUUACCAGAGACUGAGCUAAUAGACCUGUCUACGGUAGAUGUGAUUCUCAUCUCUAACUAUCACUGCAUGAUGGCGCUGCCCUACAUCACUGAGCACACUGGAUUCACAGGCACAGUGUACGCCACAGAGCCCACUGUUCAGAUUGGCCGACUUCUCAUGGAAGAGCUGGUGAAUUUCAUUGAAAGAGUGCCAAAGGCUCAGUCUGCCUCCUUGUGGAAGAAUAAGGAUAUACAGCGGCUGUUGCCUUCUCCUCUCAAGGAUGCAGUGGAAGUAUCAACCUGGAGAAGAUGCUAUACAAUGCAAGAGGUGAACUCUGCCCUUAGUAAAAUCCAGCUGGUGGGAUAUUCUCAGAAAAUUGAGCUUUUUGGUGCAGUCCAGGUGACUCCUCUAAGCUCUGGCUAUGCACUUGGAAGCUCCAACUGGAUUAUCCAGUCCCAUUAUGAGAAAGUAUCUUACGUCUCUGGAUCCUCCUUGCUUACCACACACCCCCAGCCCAUGGAUCAAACUUCUCUCAAAAACAGCGAUGUUCUUGUUCUGACAGGGCUUACCCAGAUUCCCACUGCAAACCCGGAUGGCAUGGUGGGAGAGUUCUGCAGCAACCUAGCUCUGACAGUCCGAAAUGGAGGAAACGUGUUGGUUCCCUGCUACCCUUCUGGAGUGAUCUAUGACCUCCUCGAGUGCCUGUAUCAAUACAUUGACUCUGCUGGACUCUCCAGUGUCCCCUUCUACUUCAUCUCCCCAGUGGCUAAUAGCUCACUUGAGUUUUCCCAGAUUUUUGCCGAGUGGCUUUGUCACAACAAACAGAGUAAGGUGUAUCUCCCAGAACCACCUUUUCCUCAUGCAGAGCUCAUUCAGACCAACAAGCUGAAGCACUACCCCAGCAUCCAUGGAGACUUCAGCAAUGAUUUCAGGCAGCCGUGUGUGGUGUUCACCGGGCACCCUUCCCUCCGGUUUGGCGACGUGGUCCAUUUCAUGGAGCUCUGGGGAAAAUCUAGUCUCAAUACUGUUAUAUUCACAGAACCGGACUUCUCCUACCUGGAAGCACUGGCUCCCUACCAGCCCUUGGCCAUGAAAUGCAUAUACUGCCCCAUCGACACACGGCUGAAUUUCAUCCAGGUGUCUAAAUUGCUUAAAGAAGUGCAGCCCCUGCACGUGGUCUGUCCUGAGCAGUACACCCAGCCACCCCCAGCCCAGUCCCACAGGAUGGACCUCAUGAUCGACUGCCAGCCCCCGGCCAUGUCCUAUCGGCGGGCCGAGGUCCUUGCCCUGCCCUUCAAACGUCGGUACGAGAAGAUCGAAAUCAUGCCAGAGCUCGCAGACUCCCUGGUGCCCAUGGAGAUCAAGCCUGGCAUUUCCUUGGCAACCGUCUCAGCCGUGCUGCACACGAAGGAUAACAAGCACGUUCUCCAGCCCCCUCCCAGGCCCGCGCAGCCCACCAGUGGUAAGAAGAGAAAACGGGUGACUGAGGACGUGCCGGACUGCAAAGCUUUGAAGCCUUUGUUGAGCGGCUCCAUCCCCGUGGAGCAGUUUGUGCAGACGCUGGAGAAGCAUGGCUUCAGUGAUAUCAAGGUGGAAGACACAGCCAAGGGCCAUAUUGUCCUGCUGCAGGAAGCUGAGACGCUCAUCCAGAUUGAAGAAGAUUCAACCCAUAUCAUCUGUGACAAUGAUGAGAUGCUCAGGGUGCGACUGAGGGACCUUGUCCUCAAGUUCUUACAGAAGUUCUGAGUGGGACACUUGAGCCAUUUCUACUUCCCCGAACUCCUGCAGCCCUUCACGGUGACUGCGCAGAGGAAAGGAGUGAAAGGCCGUUGGCCCUGUCUUUACAGUGUCAUCAAGGAACAAAGAGGUAUCGCUCAACAAAAUGAUCUGGAAUGACGGCCUGGAUCUGGCCAGCCUCCCUAGCUGUGUGUCAGCAAGAACGUUCCCCUCUAAACUUUAGAUUUGUUUGCUUCUCAGCUCCGACAUUCUUGAGGAUUCCAGUAGUUGACAAGCUGCUUCCCGCGACGCUAGUGGUGGGUGGGGAAGCAGAAAGAUGCUGCCCGAUGUGGCUGUAUCUUCAUGGCUCACUGGCUUCAUACAGGGGAAGCAGUCUUUGAUGAUGUUCUCCUUACCUGUCUCCAGUGCUCUACCCAAUAAGAAAGAAUCUCCCAAAAAGCAGUAAUUUGAACUUUCAACUGCCUUUUAUAGUGUGGCCCAUUUUGUUAAUAAAACGUAUUUUUAUAGAA